AUGCUUCUCUAUUCGGUCUUCAGGAUACUUCCGGCUGCCCUACUGUCAGUCGCCUUUUGCUCGGCCAGCAGCUCAGAUACGAGCGAUGGCUCGUCACUAUGGAACAUGAUCCCAGACUGUGCCCAGACUUGCGUGAACAACUUCAUCGAAACACAAUAUACACAGGAGGAAUGCGAGACCACGGCAAAUAUCAAAUGCUUGUGUCGCACAAGGACCUCCAGCGGGUUGACAUUGGGAGAGGCAGCCUUGAGCUGUACGUAUGCUUUGUGUGACGACAAUACUAAGACGAACACGAACGUCUAUCGAAUCUGCGACUCGGUGUCUGGUGCCGUCUUGGAAACUCAUGCCACGAUCACUGCGACGACGUUUGGAAAAAAGACAACCACGAAGACACAGACUACCACAAGCACCGAUUCUACGACAUCACAUUCCACGACACAAACCUCCGCCGAUAUGCCCGCUUCAACUACUUCGAGCGAAAUUCCCGGAAUAGCUACUUCUCAUCAAACAGCGUCAACAUCAACGUCAACAUCAACGUCAACAUCAACAUCCGAGUUUCACUCGAUAUCGGAGACCACAAGCUCCGAACGCUCUACCUCAACACCUAUCCACACCUCGUCUGCAUCGAAUAAUACUACGUCGGAAACAAAUAAGGAGAAUGACCAUCAUGGUGUUAGUGCAGGCACAGUCAUUGGUGUCUCAGUCGUGUCCGGCGUGGCUGGGUCCUUCAUAAUCGGCGUUGCCGUAUUCUUCUGCUGCAAGAGGUGGAAACAACAGAGACGCGCCUCUUCUGAGCCGGGAUCAGACUUUUUCGAAAUCGGUGGGAACAUGUCCGAGCCUCCAGGAUUUUCCGAGAAAUCUUCACGACAGCCCACGCCGGAUCCAGAGCCAGGUCCUUCGACGUUUUCCUCGGCCAGAAAACAGCCGGAAUUAUCAGAGCCUCAGCGAAGCCUUCAACCAGGAUCCCGUUCCCUGCCUCCACUUGGUGCCUUUUCAAAUGCAUACUCCGAGUCUCGAGGAGUAUAUCAAAAGCCAGAGCGUAUAGGAUUCGCCAUCAGCUCUGCUUCGGGCUGGGCAGAUUCGGCUCGGUCCCAAACAUCGCACAACCCAUUGCAGGAGAUGAUGCCCAACUAUGGGGAGGGUCUUUACCCCAAGCCCCUCAGGUUGAGUCAUAGGCCGGUCAGUGGAGAGACUCUAUUUGAAGAGGAAGAAGAAAACCAGACGGCAACGACGACAGCACCGGCAGCACUGGCCGGGCCGGCAGACCGCAGACCAAACAUGGCCCAAAUAGCAGGACCACAAAGCAAGUUAGCAGGUCUACCCGCAAACCCACGAGCUCUGAAAGACGGGUUUCCCGCAGACAGAUUCCGCCGUGCCCCUCCAGGCCCUCAACAAACAGCUCAUUCUCAAUACCCUGCGGGUAUACAGCCCGGAACCUUGGGCCGAACUCUAGGACCUUAUUUCAACCAACGCAGCAAUCGACGAACCUCAUAUACCUCAAACAGCAGCAGCGGCCCGAACUAUAGCUCUGACUGCUCCCAAGACACGACUACAAAUACCCUCCUCACAACACCCGGUCGACCAGAUCCUUUGACGCCAAAACAAACCCCAGUGCUUGGAAGCCUUGCGCCUCCUGCAGAGAUAGUUUCUCGGCCACGAAUCGUCCGCGGUGAUGAUAUUAAACGUGUCGAUGUUCGGAGAUGCCCUCAUCCUCGUCCACCGAGUGAAGGGAGUGCACCGUGGGGCCCAGAUGAUCUGUGGCUUGAGCGAGGGAGGGCGAGAGCUCCCCUUGUGGCCACCUUCUCUGAGUUGCCGUAUCCCUCCGAGAGAUCUCCUGGGGUGGUGCAUUACCCGUCGAGCCCAAAGAAGCGGCCUCAGGAUAUGCCGGAAAGAGGGUCGCCGACUGGAAGGAAACUUAUGCCGUCAAAGAGGGGAGCAGAUUUGAUUUUGAGGGUUGAUUGA